AUGCCUUUGGAAUCGCUGCCACCGUUCGCGAUCAUCGUCGGUGCGAUCACUGCUAUUGGUGGCAUCCAAUACGCCGCGCACGUGUUACCCAUGGGGAAACCUAAAGCCGUCGGGUUAGAUAACUUUGACCGAUUGCUCGAGAGGAGAGACCAGAGAAUACGAGAACGGAGUGGGCUACAAAAAUAA